UAUAAUAUAUUGCAUCAAUUAAUUUGCAAAACCAGUGAUCGAUGAUAACCAGGCAGUGAUCCAACGCUAUCUAAUCGGACGAAAUAAGCAUUUAUAACAAAUCCCAAUUAAAUAUGCUUUUAAUUUUUAAACGACGAGACGAUGAAAGUCAACAAGAUCAAUUAUAUAAUACGCGACCGAAUAGCCUAAAAGCCCUGUUAGGAGAGCCGCAGGUCCAUGAUGCUUUUGGGUGCAACAGAUUUUACCUCACGAAAACUGCCAGCGAUGACAACCAGGCAGUGGUCUAACGCUAUCUACUCGCCCACAACCCAAACACCCGGUGACCUAACACUGGUUGACGUGCCCUUAGAACCCAUCACUAUAUCUCCCGACGAUUCCGAACAUCAUUUG